AUGACCAAAAUUGAUUUGGGUGAUAAAUUGGGUUUUAUUCAUUUUACAAAAAAUGUGAAACCUAAAGAUGAGAAAGUGCAACUUACUUUACCUAAUGGAGAACUUCGUGAACCCCAGAAGGAAGUUAAAUUGCUUGGAAUUACUUUGAACAAUCUGCUUGAUUUUAAAUCUCAUAUUUUGAAUAAAAUCAAUAAAGCAAGAAAAGCUGUUGGUGCUAUUUGGCAUCUUGGUGGCGUGCAAAAAGGUAUGCGAGGGUCUGCAGUCAGAUCACUGUAUAUUGCUUGCGUGAGACCAAUUGUCGAAUAUGGCUUAGAAAUUUGGCAUCACAAAAUUUUGAAAGGAGAAAUCCACAAGUUGGAAGUAAUGCAGAAUAUGGCUUUAAGAAGAAUUGUUGGUGCUUAUCGCACAACUCCUAUUGCGGUACUACAAAAGGAAGCUGGUAUUAUGCCAUAUAGUAUUAGGCUAAAAUUUAUGGUGGCACGAAAAGCUAUUCGUUUACACCUAAAUAUUAGCAAAACUAAUCCUAUUAAUGGUCAUUUGUUAACAUUGAUUGAAAUCUCCAAUUGCAAAGCUAACCACGCUUUACAUGUUGGCGAAAGAUGA